AAGGAAGCAAGUAGUGAAUGAGUGAGAAUCAUGUGAAGUGCCGCCACAUACAUAAACACACAAACUCUCUCUUUUCUCAUCUAACAAAAACAAAACACUCAUUUCAUUAUUUCUAUCUAUUUUCUUUUCUGUAAGUAAAUUAUCUUUCAGAUUUUCUUCUUGUUGUUUGCAACAAUGGCUUCAACAGCUUCAAGAUUCAUCAAGUGCGUCACAGUUGGAGACGGAGCUGUAGGCAAAACCUGCAUGCUCAUUUGCUACACCAGCAACAAAUUCCCCACUGACUAUAUUCCUACAGUGUUUGAUAAUUUUAGUGCAAAUGUGGUUGUGGAAGGCAUUACUGUCAAUUUAGGUCUCUGGGAUACAGCUGGGCAAGAGGAUUACAAUAGGCUGAGGCCUUUGAGCUACAGAGGGGCAGAUGUCUUUGUCUUGGCUUUUUCUUUAGUUAGUCGCGCAAGUUACGAAAAUGUGUUCAAGAAGUGGAUCCCUGAACUCCAGCAUUUUGCCCCUGGCGUCCCUGUUGUACUUGUUGGAACCAAAUUGGAUCUCCGAGAAGACAGACAUUAUUUGGCUGAUCAUCCUGGCAUGGUGCCGGUGACCACUGAGCAAGGUGAGGAACUCCGUAAGCAGAUUGGAGCUACAUAUUAUAUUGAGUGCAGCUCAAAAACUCAGCAGAAUGUGAAGGGAGUUUUUGAUGCUGCGAUUAGGAUGGUCAUCAAGCCUCCACAAAAGCAACACGAGAAAAGGAAAAAAGCUCGUCGAGGCUGUUUCCUAAAUGUCCUCUGUGGAAGGAGCAUCGUUCGUCAUAAAUGAAACUCUUCAAUAUUCAAUCCCAAAUUUCAAAAGCUUUAUGUGCCAUGGGGAAGUAGUUUGCAGAAAUUUUAAGCUUGACGUAAAAUCAUUUUGUUGGAGUUUGCAGUAUAGUAUAUAGCAUUAUAGCUACUUACAUUUGACCGUUUUCAAUUUUAGUUUCUUGAUAGGUUUAUAUGGUUUGAGGAAUUAUGAAAUAUUUGCAGCUUAUAUAUUGUAAAGAAAUGACACAAUUUCUUGACCAGCUACCAUUUUGUUUGAAUUACUAUGUACAUAUAGCUUAGCAGUUGUUUGGUCCAGACAGACUAAUAUUUUUCAAGCAUUUCAAUUGAGAUUUUCUCCGGCCAUUUGUUCUCA